AUGGAUGAAGACGCCAGUCUUACAUACAUACCGGACUCGGAGGCUGACGAAGAUGAAGACUAUAUAUGGUGGCCAGAUCGUUGUCUGGGAGAUUGGAUAGGACCGAUUCGAGAUCUAAGUAGACAUUUUCAAACGGAAGAGGCAUCAGUCCGACGAUGGGACGAAAACGCAGUACAUGAGCGCCGAGAAAUAGUCACACAGAGGCUGCGGUCAUUCAGAAAAAGGACCGCAAUUCAGAAGAACCCAUAUAGCCUAGAUAGGAUCCGGCACAAACAACUUCUGAUGGGAUUUGAAAUACCUGUAGCAAGCCUUUCCUCUCGAGGCCGGUUUCGGGAAGACAGCUCUAAUUUAAGAAGUCAACCCGAUGCCUCGAUACAAGAUUCUGAAUCGCGGGUUGUGACAAACAAUGAGGAAUUGUCGGAAGGCGAAAAUGUUGAGGAAAUAGAAUCCCCGUACGAUUUGGACCAGGACCACCUGGCCGAACAGUUUGAGCCCAGCCAAGCAGCGACUGAGCAUGAUGACAACGAAGAUUUAUACUACAGAGGGAGACACAUCAGUAUACAAUCCGGAUUUCAAGGUAUUCUACCUAAAGUGGCGUGGAAGAAAGCACUGACGGACUCGACUCAACCAAGUAUCAAAUUGAAGAAACGGGAAAGAAAAGAAGGCAAAGGAGUAGCGAAACGCAAAUCCGCCAAAGGGCGACUACUACACGAUGUCAUGCUUCCCGGGGACCUUUUUAUUGCAGAUGACAAAAUUUCGAUCGAGGAUGAAGCACCUCAGCAGAUUUAUAACAGCGGGUCCGAUUUCAAGAUCAUGGAAUAUCAAUCAAUCAGCGACAAUCUUAAUGCAAGGUAUGAAAAUGCUUAUGCGUUUGACAGCCUCUCAGAUAGAGAAGAACUAUCAGAUUUCUCCUCAACGCCUUUCACUUUCCCCUUCGACGUAAACUACGAAAGAGAAAAGGGUCUGGCCGAGCCAGAUUCCUAUGAAGAUUCUUUUGUCCUGGAUGCUGAAAUAAAUGAGCUGAGUAAAGCUUCAAUUACUUCAAAAAAGUCGAACGGCAACAGCAUCGAUGCGAUGCUGAGCGCAAAUCGGAACAGAACAAAGAGAACUAUAUCGGAAACCACACUUCAUCUUGAUCAUGGCACUACGAACAGAGGUUCAGCAAGCGCUGCUACUGCUAUUAAAACCAGGAGAAACACUGUACGAUAUAAAAGAGGUAAUCGAGACCAUCUUCGUUCUGCUGUCGUGAAAAAGUCUGUGGGCAAGAGCAAACUAGGCCCCAAGAGAGUGAACGGGAAUUUUAUUAAGCUUGGUGGUGACAUAAAUGAGGAGAGAACACCGCAGUUUCAAACUGUUCAACAGGAGGAUGAUUCAAUGUCGGAAACCCUUCGCCACAAUAGGCGCAGUAUUGCUAGCCUCUCCGGUUUUGUCACGUCUUUGGCAAGCAGCAAACUUACUGCAUUUGAGACAGCAGUAGAGAAGGAGGGCGAAAGAUUUGCCAUCAUCAAGAAACCUGGCAGAAGACAAGGAACCUUGGCCACCGAAAAUAACCUUUUUUUUGGUGAUGACGGUAAAAGCCACCAAAUAAUCAAAUGCCCUCUGGAACCCCACAUUUCUGGAUUCAUGGGCAAGUUAGCAGACACCGUGGAUUUUACGUUAUCAGGCCAACCUUUCAAACUUUCUAAAUUUGAUUCUAACAUUGCGGCUACGUUAAAAGCCAUGUUCAAUCAUAUUAUUGAAAAAGGAUCUUCGGACAUUGAAAUAUUUUUGAUGAAUGAAUCAACGGUCAAAAUUUUGGUUCAACUUGAUAAUCCCGGUUUAUGGGUGAUCAUCGACGACUUUCACAAAAACUUUAGAUCGAAGGCGAAUAGCUUGAGAGGCCGAGCGAAGCCCAUCCAUUUUUAUCAGAUUGUGUUGUGUCAAGUUAUGCUCUUAGAGGUAAGGCGCUAUUCAAGCACAUCACAAAUUCUAGCGCGGGAGAUUACAAGGAAAGUUCUUGACCAUAUUGUCUCAUUUUUCAAGCUCCUAUCCAAGUGUAGCGACAUGGACUUGAACAACGAAGUCCUUGAAAAGAGUUACGAUAUGUUGUCGAAUGUGGCCAAAAACAUAAAUCAAAAUUCAGAACUUUGGGACAAGCUGGCUCUAUGCUCGUUUCCGCCUAGAAUCGCCACAAUUGUGGCGACGCACUUCACAACAGAUAAGGCUUGUUGGCCAGUUGCUGAACUUGAACAAACUUUCACUAGCGCAAAGGAGUGGCUUGGUUUUGUACAUUAUUGUGUCACUUGUUGCCAGUGGAAAGUGGAUAGUGUACUUAUUCAGAUCUUCUACAACUUCUUUAAGGCCAGAAAGUUCCGCAACUUUGAGGAGGACGUGGAAACUGAUGCAAAGCUGCCAAUAUAUGGCACACCAGCAUGGCGUACGCCCAGCGAAACAGUUUUCAAUGUUUUUCUUGAUAUGAUAGGAUCCUGCAAUUUAUCCAUUGUUCAAAUAGAGCGAGUUACUCCACUAGGACAGAUAAUAAGUUUGAAUGAUCUUGGGUUACUAGCCAAUCGAAUUAAUUUGCUUUUGGUCCUCGCUACUCAAGCCAGUUCUAAUUUCGAACCUAAGUUUGAAGACCUCUGUCAACCAUAUUUUAAACCGGAAGGCGUGCUACAUGCUGUACCAGUUCAAUUUUUAGACCUCAUUCUCACAGGUUUUUAUUCGCUUUUACAAAUCAAUGCUUAUAAAGGUUUGGUCACAAAGGCAAGAGUAAUAUCUAUGGCUUUUCAUCAUGUGUCAAAACUUAAGGGCCUAAGUGGCAACAGAGUAUGGCCAGAUUUUUUACAACGCAUCUACCUGACCACCAAUAAACUGGGCAAAUCAACACCAUUUGUUUUGAAAGCCCUUUACCCAGCUUUGAUGUUCAUGGUCAAAAGGAAGGAUAGGAGUGAUUCGAUACCUUUGCUUCGAUUAUUCGAAAAAAAUUUGAGUGUUUUAGAUCCAGCGUGGGUUAUAACUCAUCUGCAUCAGGUUUUCGCCAAUCUAGCUAGUGAAGAUGACUUUUUGUUCCGUUUUUAUUUUACCACUACGAAAUUCCUUGCUUCUGAGAAAGUCAUCACUUGGUGGUCAGUAUUGAACUAUAGUAGUUUCGGCUCCUUAAGAGACUACCGCGUCCUGUUUUGCACCAAAAUAAUCGAGAAUUGUGACGAAUCCUCCUUUUUUCAAAUAAGGCAUAAACUACUGCAGACGGCGAUUGACUUGCUACUGCAACGGGCUGAUUUGCAUUUCAUCAGAUUUUUGAAAGCCUUGUCUAGAAAAGAUAACGAGUUUAAGAUGACCACAAGUCUGACAUUCACAUCGGGUCAGUUUGAAAUUAUAACAAGGACUUUAAAAGCUUUCAAAAAGGUCAAAGACCGCUCCUUUGUCGAAAGUUUCAUACACAAUCUCAAGGAAGAGUUUCUAGUAAGGCCUCACAAAAAGAGCUUAAUCAUGGAUAUAACAAAGUUCUUGAACUCAGAGUUCGUUGAUUCUGUGAGAAGCAAUCUCGACUUCAUCUUUCUUAAAAGUCAAUUCAAUAUAUCUGAUGUCGAAACUCAAAAGAGUAUCUUUCGCGAGGUCCUCUUUUGUCAAAAGAACGACACAGAGCGAGCAUUAUUUAUAGAAGAAGAGUUUCUUAAGAUCGGAGUUCGGAUCCUAUCGCUACAGCCCUUCAUAGACAAGCUCCGCUCUUCAAUAGGUACCGGGCUCUAUUCUAACGACUACAUUUUUUUGGCCCGCCUGCUAGAGGCCAAUGUCUUAGCUGGGAACGGUGUCAUCACAGAGCUUCAGUGGUUCGUGCUUCUAAAUUUGAUUCAACUUUUGAACGAAAUUUUGGAGUUGAACUUUUGUCAAGUAACGUCUACAGACUUCAAGGGGUUGUAUGGCCUUCACGUAACGCUCUGUCAGGUAUUUUAUGGACCAAGAUUUAUAUCUAAUGGGAGUCCGACGGAAUGCAAGUUUUGCAAGGAAUUGUGUCUCUUUCUUACAAGAAAUUUGACUAUAACGUCAGGCUUUUCUGAGCAUUCAGAAUUACUUACAUUAUGUGAUGAGUUUUUACGUGAUCCCAUCAACACAUCCCAGAAGCAAAGCACAAACGAAUUGCGAUACCCGAUAGAGAAGCUCUUACAAGCGUAUGGACCAUCAACACAUUCUGAACUUCAAAUGCAGGAUGAUCUCUUAGAUUUAAGGGCGGAUAUCGAUGUCUCGCUUACCAAAUUGUCAAAGGUAGUCACAUCAGAAGCAGUGGAACAAAAUCUCAUCUGUUAG